AUGAACUGUGUUUGUCACCUGGUCCUGGUGGUGCUGAGCCUCUGGCCAAAUAGAGCCAUUGCCCCUGGGCCACCAUCUGGCUCCCCUCGAGUCUCUUCAGACCCUCGAGCAGAUCUGGACAGCGCUGUCCUCCUGACCCGAUCCCUUCUGGCAGACACUCGGCAACUAGCCGCACAGAUGAGAGACAAAUUCCCAGCGGACGGAGACCACAAUCUGGACUCCCUGCCUACCUUGGCCAUGAGCGCUGGGACACUGGGAUCCUUGCAGCUGCCAGGUGUGCUGACAAGGCUUCGAGUAGACUUGAUGUCCUACCUCCGGCAUGUGCAAUGGCUGCGCAGGGCAGGUGGUCCAUCCCUGAAGAUUCUGGAGCCAGAGCUGGGUGCCCUGCAAGCCCGGCUGGACCGGCUACUCCGUCGUCUACAGCUCUUGACAUCUCGCUUGGCUUUGCCCCAGGCAACCCCAGACCAACCCACGGUCCCCUUGGGCCCUCCUGCUUCAGCCUGGGGAAGCAUCCGGGCGGCUCAUGCCAUCUUGGGAGGCUUGCACCUGACCUUGGACUGGGCUGUGCGAGGUCUGCUGUUGCUAAAGACUCGGCUGUGA